AAUUGUCUUCAUUCCUUAGGUGUUGUUGGCAUGAUUGGGUUCGAGACCAGUGCCUAUGGCGGAGCGCGGUGAGGGGACCGCAGGGGGGUCACACUCACGAGCCGCCACCACCAGUGGGGCCCACACUGCGCCAACCAGGAAUAGAAAUCAGCUGGUUGGGUCAGUAGUGGAGGGGUUGGAGGCUUUCGGGAGUCCCCUACCCCUACGCAAGCGAAAGAUUGGUAUCACGGAGGUAGUGCAUACCAAAAGGAGAAGCAGCGACGGUCCACAAGAGCCUACAGGAGGUUUUAGUAACAUUACGUCCAACACAGCAGGUGCAGCUGGCAACUCCAGCAAGAGACACAGGUUCACCAGUAACAGCAGCAACAGUGACGCACGUUACACCGAUAGUGGCGAUUGUGGCUUGGAGAGCCCGGCAAGUAAGCGUCAGCGCCGGAGCAGUCACAUAGAGAGCCGGAGCCAUUCAUCUGCCAGCCUGGCCGCCAACGCACCCAGCACACCCACUCGCAACCAGGGUAAGUUUGUCACUCUGCUGCAAGUUUGAUUUCUUAAAUAUCGC